CUCUCUUCGUUGUCAAGAGAGAAGAUGGGGGGAGGGUCACAAGUCUCCGAGAAAGUGAAGCUUCUCAUAGCUGUACUGGCACUGCAAUCCUGUUAUGCAGGGUUCCACAUAGUUUCCAGAACUGCACUCAACAUGGGAAUCAGCAAACUUGUCUUCCCAAUUUACAGGAACGUCAUUGCGUUGGCUUUGUUGGCCCCCUUUGCAUAUUUUCUGGAGAAAAAAGACAGGCCACCUCUUACCUUAUCUUUGCUGUGUCAGUUCUUUCUUCUAGCACUAUGUGGGAUUACUGCUAACCAAGGAUUUUAUCUCUUGGGUCUGUAUUAUCUGUCUCCAACCUAUGCUUCUGCCAUUCAAAACUCAGUUCCAGCAAUAACAUUUGCCAUGGCUGCAGCUCUUAGGCUGGAACAGAUCAACAUCAACAGUAGGUAUGGUGUGGCAAAGGUGGUCGGAACGGUUGCCAGUGUAGGAGGUGCCACCAUCAUCACUCUCUAUAAGGGUCCUCCUCUGCUGCACCACCAGCACCAUGCCCAACUCUUCCUCGGUGCCUCAUCAAACACAAUAUUGAACUGGACACUGGGUUGUGUAUACGUCCUUGGGAAUUGCGUUGCAUGGUCCGGUUGGAUGGUGCUUCAGGUUCCAGUGCUUAAGAAGUAUCCGGCCAGGCUCUCAGUUACGGCAAUCACCUGCUUCUUUGGGCUGAUCCAAUUCCUCAUCAUCGCAGCCUUCUCAGAGAAGGACAUUGAGAGGUGGAAAGUCCACUCGGGAGUGGAGCUCUUCACCAUCCUCUAUGCUGGUCUUGUGGCAUCAGGGAUCUCUUUCUCUCUCCAGAUUUGGUGCAUUGAUAGAGGAGGUCCUCUUUUUGUUGCCGUCUUCCAACCAGUACAAACAGUGGUGGUGGCCAUCAUGGCAGCUGUUAUUCUUGGUGAUCAGUUGUACUCAGGAGGGAUUAUUGGAUCCAUUCUGAUUGUGUCUGGCCUCUACUUUGUCCUCUGGGGGAAAAGCGAAGAGAAGAAAGCUACAGAGCAAGUAAUGGAGGAGGACAUAAGAGGGCAUCUCCUUGACCAGGAGAAGUCGCAUAAACAAAAUGCUGCAGUUUCUGACAUCCCAUGAGGGUGGCUAAUGCUCAACAUAAUGAUAGUACAAUGGAGUUAAGUUGGUAUGGACAAUCAUAGAUUCCAAAUGACACUGUAAACUUGACAAGCUCUUCCUAAUUAAAGUCUUGUCCAACUUGUACACAUGUUGGGGGAGGUGUGUGACUCACAUCUCUGUUAGUAUCAAAUACUCUUGGCUUGAGUAUAUGAGGAACAAAAAUGGUCAGUGAUUCACCUGCUCAAAGCUUAGAGUAUGUGAGCAAGAAGAACAGCCCAUCAA